AUGGGUGAUUACUUUGUGAAAAUCUUGUUUGCAAUCUUAAUAUGCUUUUUGCAUACUCAACAAUCCAUUCAUGGAUUCAACUCUCCAUCACAUGUGAAAUGCAAUGAGAAGGAGAGACCAGCACUCCUCAACUUCAAACAUGGCCUCAUAGAUGGGUCUGGCAUGCUGUCUACAUGGAGGGAGGAUGACAAUAACAGUGAUUGCUGCAAAUGGAAAGGCAUUGAAUGCAACAAUGAAACAGGUCACGUACAUGUGCUUCAUCUUCCUGGUUCACAAACACAUUAUUUGAGAGGUGCAAUCAAUAUCAUUUCAUUGUUUGACUUGCAAAACAUUCAACAUUUGGAUCUCAGUUUUAAUGAUUUCAGGGGCACUCAAAUCCCACAACACAUGGACUCCUUAAAAAACUUAAGAUAUCUCAAUCUAUCAUGGUCAGAUUUUGCUGGGAGGAUUCCUCAUGAGUUGGGAAAUCUCUCAAAGUUGGAGUACCUUGAUCUUAAAGAAAAUUCUCUCUAUGGAACAAUCCCGUCUCAACUAGGGAAGCUUACAAGAUUAUGUUAUCUUGAUCUAAGUUACAAUUCUUAUAACUUAGGUGGAAAAAUCCCUUCUCAACUAGGGAAGCUUACAAGGUUACGUUAUCUUGAUCUAAGUUACAAUGAAAUCCAUGGAGAAAUCCCUUAUCAACUUGGAAAUCUCUCACAGUUGAGGUAUCUUCAUCUCUUGGAAACUUCACUUUCUGGAAUUCCUUUCCAGAGCUUAUGGAUUCGUAGAAACUUGAUAACAAGUCCCAUUCCAGAUGGAUUUGGGAGAGUAAUGAAGUCUCUAGAAGUUCUUGACCUUGAGUCUAACAAUCUGCAAGGCGAGAUUCCAUCUUCCAUUGGGAAUAUACGCACAUUGCAGCAAUUAAACCUUGGCAGGAACAAUUUGCAAGGGGAGAUUCCAAUUUCUCUUGGGAAUAUAUGCACAUUGCAGAAAUUACUCCUUAACGAAAACAAUUUGAGUGGGGAAAUUUCUAGCAUCAUUCAAAAUUCUUCAAGGUGCAACAAACAUGUAUUUCUGACUAUGGAUUUAUCUUAUAAUCAGAUUGCUGGAGUGUUACCUAGUCUUUCAAUUUUUACAUCUUUGAAGGAAUUAUAUCUCUCCAAUAACCAGUUAACAGGUGAUAUCACUGAACAACAUCUCACAAAUUUGUCUAACUUGGAAAGCUUAGACUUAACAGACAAUUCAUUGUCUCUAAAGUUUGGUUCUACCUGGGUUCCACCUUUCCAAUUAUAUAUUUUGGGACUAGCUUCGUGCAAGUUGGGUCCUAGCUUCCCACGUUGGCUCCAAACUCAAACUCAAUUAGAGUUUCUAGAUAUUUCUAAUGCUGGGAUUGAUGACUUUGUACCAGAUUGGUUUUGGAACAAGUUGCGGUCUAUAAGUGAGAUGAAUAUGUCUUACAACAGUCUCAAAGCUCUUGGAUCUUUCAAGGAAUCACUUGUCAGGAGGAAUUCCAACAUGUCUCAGGAAUUUUACUACAAUGAUGGACAGGAAAGUAACUAG